AUGGCUCAAGCAGAACCAGGACAAGCCGAAAGGCUCCCGGACUUAUUUGAAAAUGUUUGGAAAGCCUGGGAAUUUUUAGAGAGCACACAGGAAGACACAAAUUCAUAUUCUGUACAGAAAGAAGCCAUUAAAGGUUUGACAGAUGGAGAAAAGGCAAUAAAGAUGGUUAAUGAUCUAGCUUUGUUUAGCAGUAACGAGUCGAUAGAGGAGGUGACAACAAAUGAGCUAAGGUAUAUGCUUCUUCCUGCCUUUAUGGGAUAUUUUAUACAGAAAAGGGUUACUAAGGAUAGACUACAGCUUGUUAGGACUGGCAAGGCAUAUUUUGAGGACUUCCUUCGUCAAUGCAAAACUUACAGGGUGGUGAAAGUGAAUGCUCACCUGGAUGAUGAUGAGAAAGAAGAAGUGUCAGAAAAUGGAGUAGUACCUGUUGCACGAGGUCCUCCAGGUAUGAUGAAGAUGAUCAGUGAUAGGGAAAGUAAGAUAAAGGCAUUUAAGGAACAGAAAGAACUGGAGGUUAGACUUGCAGAACUAAAACAGUACGUUGAUAAAGAGCAUGUGGAUGAUGAGGUGAAGAGAGAUUAUUAUACUACGUUACUAAAGAAGUGGGUGAACAUUGCAUCUGAGGAUCUAUCAGGGAUUAACUUUGAAAUUCAGAUGUUAGAACUUCGAGAGGAUACUCAGAGUGAUGCUGAGGCCCGUAAGGAAGACUACAAGAAAAAGAAACUACCACCUAUGCGUCCUUUCAUCAUCACAAAAGACAUGAUACAGAAGCAGGUGUUUGGACUGGGAUAUCCGAGCAUUCCAACUCUCACCAUUGAGGAGUUCUAUGAACAGAAACUUAAAGAUGGUACAUUUCAGCCACCUAUGGCAGGGCACAGUAUGCAGGACUGGGCAGAAAACCCUGAACUAGACAAAGAGGACCGGGAAAGAGAGGACGAGGAGAAAGAGAAAAAGAUAGAGGCAGAUGAUCCCGAAGAUUUACAGAAGGCACGCAACUGGGAUGAAUGGAAGGAUGAACAUCGAAGAGGAUGGGGCAACAGGAAGAACAUGGGAUGAAACGAUGUCUGAUGAUUGACAAAAACACUUCACUAUAUCAUGUCUUUAAUCAUCAAUGUCAGGACAUCCAUUAGACCUAGGACCAGGACACCAUUCAAGAUUCAAGACAACAGUACAUCUGCUGUUAGUUCAUAGCAACAGGACAUCUGUGUUUGGAUUUAGCACUUGGACACUAUCGGUUGUCCAUGACAACAGGACAACUGUGUUUGGAUCUAGGACUGUGACACUAUCGGUUGUUCAUGACAAUAGGAUAUCUUUAUUUGGAUCUAGAACUAGGACACUAUUUGUUGUCCAUGACAACAGGACAUUGGUGUUUGGAUCUAGGACUGGGAUAUUAUAUCCAGCCAGAUAUCUUUGACCUGACAUAGCUACAAUUAUAGAUUUAAACCAGAGGUUUGUUAUUCAGUGGUAUAUAUUUUAAUAAUAUUGAUAGACCUACAGUCCUCAUUAUUCAGGAUAUAAAUGUAGGAGGGUACCUAUGGAAUUCAAUCCAUAGAGAAAUUGAUUCAUGCUGUGUAAUUGAAUAGAUUGAUACACCAUUGAGAUGGAACGAUGAAAUCCUGAACUAAAACAUGUCUGUUAUUAUUCAUGGUCUGUUCACAUUAAUUUUUUUUACCUCUCUUAUGAAGCCUUCAACCAGACUUUAAUGAAACUUUGGUGGUUUAGAAAAACUGGUCUUCCAGAGGGCUUUCAGACAUGGCAAUAGAGGAGUGACGUGUGUAACAACUUGUAGGACACUUUUAAUAUACCUGAAUUGUGACCUAGUCUAAUUGCCAUUUGUCUGUCAUUGAGCAUCAUCCAAUAGUAAAAAAAAAUAUGUUUUUGACUUCAGAAACCCCAGAACCACUUUCAAUAAUUUUGCAUGAACCUUCCUUGGUCAAAGAUACACCAAAAUGAGUAAUUAUGGAUUCUAAGGGGCUGGGCCAAAAGGGGUCAAAAUGGUUAGGAUUUCCAUUUUGUUCUCCACACCUGGAUAAGAUUGGAACCAAUACUCUUCAUGUAUAGAGGGAUCUUAUGUACUUUACUAACAUUCAUGACCCCCAGGCUCCAUGUUUGCCAAGAGGGUGGAAACUGACAGCUUUAAUCAUUUGUUAAAUUUCUUUGAAAUAAUUCAAACUUAGAAUGAUUAACAUAGGAUGCUGGUUGAUGAGAUGCAUAUUUCAAAUUUUCAUUACAUGAACAAAGUAGUUUUAAGUUACUUUAAUUUAACAAAAUAAUUUCUAUGACAUGUUACAGGAAUAAUAACAGCAUUUUGUCGGAGGUGACCUAUGGGCAACUUGUUACAUCUUAAAAUCAAUAAACUUUAUUGAAGAAUGAA